GUUUCCUUCCUUCCUCGAGUCUCUUCUCUUCUCUCGUCCCAAAUCUCUCCCCGUCGUCGCCACCCACCUCCUCCCAUUCCGCUCCGCCCGCGAGGGGAGAUCGGCAGCGGCUCGAUUCGAACCCGAGGGAUCCGGCGGGUGGUGGUGGUGGUGGUGGUGGUCGGCCAUGGCGCACAGGGUGGACAACGAGUACGACUACCUAUUUAAGAUCGUGCUCAUCGGCGACUCCGGCGUCGGCAAGUCCAACAUCCUCUCACGCUUCACCCGCAACGAGUUCUGCCUCGAGUCCAAGUCCACCAUUGGCGUCGAGUUUGCAACCCGCACGCUACAGAUAGAAGGGAAGACUAUCAAAGCUCAGAUAUGGGACACUGCAGGGCAAGAGAGGUACCGUGCCAUCACAAGUGCUUACUACCGGGGAGCAGUGGGGGCACUUCUAGUAUAUGACAUAACAAAGAAGCAGACUUUUGAGAACAUCCAGAGGUGGCUCCGUGAACUUCGUGAUCAUGCGGACUCCAACAUUGUCAUUAUGAUGGUUGGUAACAAAUCUGACCUUAACCACCUGAGGUCAGUUCCAGAGGAAGAUGGUCAGGCAUUAGCAGAGAAGGAAGGGCUUUCCUUCCUUGAGACCUCAGCCCUGGAAGCCCUUAAUGUCGAGAAGGCAUUUCAGACUAUCCUUUCUGAUAUUCAUCAAAUCAUCAGCAAGAAGGCGCUUGCUGCCCAAGAGGCGGCAGGCAAUGGACCUCCUAGUCAAGGAACCACUAUCAAUGUUAGUGAUUCUACUGUUAACACAAAGAGAGGGUGCUGCUCUGCCUAGGUGCAAAUGAAAAACUGGUGAUGCCGCAAAGGAAAUUCCCAUGGAUCUUACAACACUAGGUGUUAUGUAGGUCACUUGACUCCUUUUGUCCUGUAAUUCCGGUGGGAUUGUAAUCACAAUUUAAAUCACUAGAAAGAAAUUUUCCUUUAAGGUAGAUAUCAUGUGCAGUUGCAAAUUUUUGGUAGACCAGCUCGUCAAGACUUCCUACAGUUUCGGAUCAAUAUCAUGUUCUCUUUCA